AAUAUCACUCCCCCUUUCCAAAUAUCCAAACCAUUUAGGAAAUUACAAUUCAGUCCAAUCGUCCCCUUCCUAUGUAGUCAGUCUCAUCCUCUACAAAUCAAGUACUUAGCCAUUUUCACUCCCAUACGGCCCAAUCUAAGAAAAUCGAAGAAACUCUAAUCUCUGCAUUUAUAUUGUAAAGACUAGAGAUUGGAAUUGCGAAUCCAUUGUUGAAAGCUCGGGAAAAAUUAAUCAAAAAAUGCAUAUGAUGGAAAUUUCAUUUCCCACUCGAAUUCAAGUCAACCUCUCUUUUUCUCCAUGCCCACCUCGCUACUGCCACUCACAUGGAAGACCCACGACUAGAACGAAACUACUAGUGAAAAUGGAGUCUUCUGUAGUUUCAUCACCUUCUUCUUUUUCUGCUUCUGGGUAUUUUAAUCAAACAGUUGGUGGGCAAUCGCCAUCAAAGAGUUUGGAUAAGAUUCCCAACACAAAAAGGAGAAGGGUCUUCUUUUUAGACGUAAACCCAUUGUGCUAUGCCGGAAGCACCCCAAGUUUGCGCUCUUUUGGCCAUUGGGUAUCUUUGUUCUUCAAUGAAGUCAGUUUAAACGACCCUGUUAUUGCCGUCGUUGAUGGAGAAGGAGGGAGCGAACACCGCAGAAGGUUGUUACCUUCCUAUAAAGCACACAGAUGGAAGUUUCUGAGAAAUCCUUCAAAGGGUCACGUCGGACGAUCACAUCAAAUCAUAUCGGAUUUUCUUUCUAAAUGCAAUGUGCCUUUAGUAAGAAUAGGAGGCCAUGAGGCUGAUGAUGUUGUGGCUACUCUUGUGGACCAAGUUUUACAAAAGGGACACAAGGUGGUGAUUGCCUCUCCUGAUAAAGAUUUCAAGCAAUUGCUUUCAGAAGAUGUUCAGAUUGUUAUGCCUUUGGUGGAAUUAAAAAGGUGGUCUUUUUACACCUUGAAGCAUUACAUGUCUCAGUACAACUGUGAUCCUUGUUCUGAUUUGAGCCUCAGGUGCAUGUUGGGUGAUGAGGUUGAUGGUGUUCCUGGAAUCCAACAUGUGGUUCCUGAGUUUGGGAGAAAAACUGCUCUUAAACUUUUGAAAAAACAUGGUUCUUUGGAGAAUUUACUUAACGCGGCUUCUGUGAGAACUGUAGGGAAGCAGUAUGCACAAGAUGCUCUUACCAAAUAUGCUGAUUAUUUGAGAAGGAAUUAUCAAGUUCUUGCUCUUAGGAAGGAUGUUAAUGUGCAACUUCAAGAUGAGUGGUUGGUCAAGAGAGAUAGUAAAAAUGAUUCUGCAUCUUUGUCUGGCUUCUUCAAUAUGUUAGAAGAAACUAAGAAUCUUGGUAGACAUACUAUUUCAAAUGCCUAAGAUUGCCUUUAAGUUUCCUAUAUUCAUCUGUUUAUUUACCACUUGGUGUUUAUAGUGCAUACUUUCAUUUCAUACAUAAAAGAAAUAGAAAAUAGAAACAAAGUAUUGUAUGAUACACCAUAUAUGUGUGCAUGACAGCCUCCUUCUAUGAGCAUAUACACACUUAUAUUAUUUAUUAGUACUUCAUCAUUUCUUUGUGCAUCUGCUCCAUAAAGCCUGUUGUCUUUUGAAACUUGGAACAGAUUUUCCUAUAUAAAUUUUUAGUAUAUAUCUAUGGAAACAUUUUAGGAUGGUAUGUGUUGUUUUUUCAGUCCUUAAUAAAACGAUAUCUAAAACUUAUGACAUGGCAAGUGAAACAAGUGGGAUCAUGACACAUCGUCAAGACUUUAACUAGGAGUUAGUUAAGUUAGUUGUUUUAGUUUUCUGUUACUUUUGUAAAGGCUUAACCGACUGUGGUUGCCUAUUUAAAACUUCAUUUUUCAUUUCACUAGUAAUACAAGAAAACAUAGAGAGAGGAGAGUGAGCUUUGUACGGUGAGGAGGAAAAUUCAUGGAGUUAUGAAGAACUAGAGGUGAGAAACUAAGGGAAGCAAGGAUCGAGCUUCAGGGUGUUUCUAAGGGUUGAAGCUUCUGAUUAAGGCUCAAACAAGGGAAGCGUUUCAUCAUACUUGAUCACUAAAUACUGUACUCUUAAAUAGAUUGUAAUCUUGCCAAUUGUCAUACUGAAAGACUAAUCGUAAAGGAGUCCAAAGGGGACUAGGCACUUCAUAAUUGUGAAGGAAAUUCGAAUCUCUAUAA